UUUUCACCUACCUAACGCGGGAUCUCUCAAAUCUCAAUUGCGUGGCAAUCAGAAUCUUCUCAUACCGGCUCCUCUAGUCUCUCUGAAUCACAACCCUCAAACGACGUUGUUUCAUUACUUGUUAGUUGUUACCGAUUCAUUCCCCACUUGGUAUCUACACUCUACAGUGCGAUACUGCGAUCUGAAAAGAGAAAUAAAAACACACUUUUCCUUUUUAUAAAGAAAUUUUUGUGUUCUCUGUUCAACCUUCUUGAUUUUUCCUCACGUCUUCUCUGAGACACUGCUCUUUCUCUAUUUGCAUAUUGAUUUGUUUUGUCCGGGAGUUGAAUUGAAAGGAUUUGUUGUUUGGAUUCUUGGAUUAAUCGCAAUGCGGAAAUUCAAAUUAUAGGGAGAGCGUUUGCGGAUGAGAAUUUGAAUUCGAAUUCCGAGCUAGCGGAUUUACCAGCCGGUUUCAGUUUCAGUCAUGAGCGAUCAAGUAACGUAGUUAUAUAUGUACCCUGAUCUCGCAGGACGCGGAGAGGUUAUCUUAAUCUGAGCUUCCUAUUUUGCGAGACAUAUUUCUGUCCUUUGGAAUUUCAUUUGAGGUUCCAUUUUGUGGAUUGUUGAGGGGAGGCGAGAAAUGUCGAAAGUCGUGUACGAAGGAUGGAUGGUGCGGUACGGGAGGAGGAAGAUCGGCCGAUCCUUCAUUCACAUGCGGUAUUUCCUGCUCGAGUCGCGACUUCUCGCUUAUUACAAGAGGAAGCCUCAAGAUAAUCAGGUUCCAAUCAAGACAUUGCUGAUCGAUGGCAAUUGUAGGGUUGAGGAUAGAGGAUUGAAGACUCACCAUGGAUAUAUGGUAUAUGUUUUGUCUGUUUACAACAAGAAAGAAAAGUACCACAGAAUCACGAUGGCAGCUUUUAACAUACAGGAAGCUCUAAUCUGGAAGGAAAAGAUUGAGUUUGCGAUUGAUCAGCAUCAAGAGUCACAAAUUGCAAAUGGUAACAAAUAUAGAUCUUUUGAGUAUAAAUCUGGGAUGGAUAAUGGGAGGACUGCUUCCUCAUCAGACCACGAAAGUCAGUUUAGUGCACAGGAAGAUGAAGAUGAUGCUCGCCCUAAUUUGUUACGAAGAACGACAAUUGGAAAUGGUCCUCCAGAUUCAGUAUUUGAUUGGACAAGGGAUUUCGACUCAAAAUUGUCUAACCAAAAUGCCAUCAAUCAAGCAUUUUCUAGAAGGAAUUGGUGUCUUCUUCAGUGCCAAAACGGACUUCGCAUUUUUGAAGAACUUCUUGAAGUUGAUUACCUUCCGAGGAGCUGUAGUAGAGCAAUGAAAGCUGUUGGUGUUGUGGAAGCCACAUGUGAAGAAAUAUUUGAGCUUGUAAUGAGCAUGGAUGGAACUCGAUUUGAAUGGGAUUGCAGCUUCCAGUAUGGUAGCUUAGUGGAAGAGGUAGAUGGGCAUACAGCAAUUCUCUACCAUAGACUUCAGCUGGACUGGUUCCCUGUGUUUGUUUGGCCCCGUGACCUAUGCUACGUGCGUUAUUGGCGCCGAAAUGAUGAUGGCAGCUAUGUUGUGUUAUUUCGUUCUAGAGAACAUGAAAACUGUGGUCCACAACCUGGAUAUGUGCGAGCUCAUGUUGAAAGUGGAGGAUACAACAUUUCCCCUCUCAAAUCUCGAAAUGGUCGACCUAGGACACAGGUGCAGCAUCUUAUGCAGAUCGAUCUAAAGGGGUGGGGCAUGGGUUAUAUUCCAUCAUUUCAGCAACAUUGUCUUCUCCAGAUGUUAAAUAGUGUUGCUGGGCUGCGUGAAUGGUUUGCGCAGACAGAUGAAAGGGGUGCUCCCCCUCGAAUUCCUGUCAUGGUCAAGAUGGCCUCAGCUUCUGUUUCUUCAAAGAAGAGUCAAAAGUCACAUGAGUCUUCUGUUUAUCCUACCCCAUAUCUUGAUCAAAUAAAUAAUGCUAGCAGAAACUCUGCCAUGAUGGAUGAAUAUUCUGAUGAGGAUGAAGAAUUUCAAAUUGCUGAAUCAGAACAAGAGACUGAGCGAAUCAAGACUGAGAAUGAAGUUAAGAGAACAGAAGAAGAACCAAUUGAUCAAAUUGAUUUAUCCUGUUAUUCUGGUAAUCUACGCCAUGAUGACCGGGAUACUGCUCGUGACUGCUGGAGAAUCGCCGAGGGGAACAACUUUAGAGUUCGCGGCAAGCAUUUCUGUUAUGACAAAAUAAAGAUCCCUGCUGGGAAACAUUUGAUGGAUCUCGUUGCGGUAGAUUGGUUCAAGGACACCAAAAGAAUGGACCAUGUAGCCAGGCGUCAAGGAUGUGCAGUGCAAGUUGCCUCAGAGAAAGGGUUCUUUUCUAUGGUUUUUAAUUUGCAAGUGCCUGGUUCAACUCACUACAGCAUGGUAUUCUAUUUUGUGACAAAGGAAUUAGUGCCUGGUUCCCUCUUGCAGCGAUUUGUGGAUGGUGACGAUGAAUUCCGUAAUAGUAGAUUUAAGCUCAUUCCAUCGGUUCCCAAGGGCUCCUGGAUUGUGCGCCAAAGUGUUGGAAGUACUCCCUGUUUAUUGGGAAAAGCAGUUGAUUGCAACUACAUCCGUGGUCCUAAGUACUUAGAGGUCGAUGUUGACAUUGGUUCUUCUACCGUGGCUAAUGGAGUUUUGGGACUUGUAGUUGGCGUAAUAACAACAUUGGUGGUUGAGAUGGCUUUCCUUGUACAGGCAAAUACUGCAGAUGAAUUGCCCGAACGGCUGAUUGGCGCUGUCCGAGUUUCUCAUUUAGAGCUGUCCUCUGCCAUUGUUCCCAAACUCGAACCAGAUCCAUCUUGACGCAAGGAAACCACUGACCUGUGCACUGAUCUUGUACGAGUUAAUUCUUUAAGAUGUGCUUAUAUUUCAUUCCCAAUUUCUUUUACCCAUCUCAUUUUAGGUGGAGUGCGGUUCUCCGUGGUUCUGUAGUUGAAUUUCUUGGCAAAAUAUGGUCCAAAGGAAUAUUGCAUCUCUUUCUUGCAUUACUCUG